UGUUUGCCCCAGAAUAGUUAUCCUGGAUCUACAGGCUCCAUUCCCACUAAGUUGCAUGGAAAACAAAGUUUGCCUCCAGAUGGUGCUAGAAAACAGGAUGUACAUGAUGUGAUAGAAAGAUCAAGAAAGGCCGGGGUUCAAGCUUUUGUUUCCAUUACAGAGCAGGAAAAUGAAUUUGAGAAAGUCAUUGGCUUAGCAGAAAGGUACCCUGGCGCUGUCAUGCCGUGCUUUGGGGUUCACCCGAUUCGGAGCGGCGCGGAGGGGCGGUGCAGCGCUACAGUCCAGGACUUAGAAUCUGCCCUCCCUCUCUUCGAUAAAUACAAAGAUAAGCUGGUGGCCAUUGGAGAGGUUGGGCUGGACUUCACUCCAUGGCUUGUGCCCACACCUCAGCAACGCGAGGAGCAGCAGAGAGUCCUUGCACUGCAGCUGGCUAUUGCAAAACAACUGGACUUGCCCAUGAACGUGCACUCCCACUCAGCUGGCAGGCAAACCAUUACUUUCCUGAAGGAGGAAGGUGUUUGAGACGCACUGCUUCAUAAUUUCGCUGGAAGACCGUCUGUUGCCCUGGAAGGGGUACAAGCUGGCUAUUAUUUUUCUUUUCCUCCGGCUGUUACAAGGCAUGAUCAGCAAGCAAAGUUAAUUAAACAGAUUCCACUGGAGAACAUUUGCUUGGAGAGUGAUUCCCCUUCUCUUGGUCCAAACAAAGAGGAAAGAAAUGAGCCCGAGAAGAUCAGGAUUGUCUGCCAGUACAUUGCUGCAGUGAAAGGAGUAUCAGUGGAAAGAGUUUGUGAAGUAACAACAAAAAAUGCCUUGAAGCUUUUCCCCAAAGUUAAACAUCGUUUGAAAGAAUGAGUACUUAUCAAAAAAAAAAAAAAAAAAAAGAGAGAAUGUUCCUCAAAGACAACACUUCUGCAGUUUAUGCUUUUUAUUAAUUUUUUGCUGGCAUAUGCACUUUUUUUUACUGCAUAUAAAGGAUUCAGAAGGAGAUGACAGUUUUUCUAAUAUAUAAAUAACCUGUGCAUCUCAGUAAAUAAGAACCCAAUAAAUUGUACUUACUGUAUUUGUACAUGUCCUUAUUUUUUGUACACAGAAAUUAUUUUGUGUACAUAAUUUUUUCCCCACUUGCUUUGGUAAGAAAGUCAAGGGUAAAAUUCCAUUAGGUAUAUCAAAGUGAUAACCAACUACAAAAUGAAAACCAGAUGGCAGCAAAACAGAGGUACCAGAUGUACAUUUCUUCGUCUUUUAAAUGGCUCGAGGUAUCUAGAAAUGCUAAUUUCUAACAUUAUUUACAGUACAGUAGCCUGCUAACUUAUUAGCACCCGUAUUUCAACCAUAUGUUAAAAUUCAGAACUGUGAUACUGGAGGCAGAGCAUUCUUCUAUAUUCCUGUCAAUACUUAAUAAAUUGAAACCAUAUCAUUGAAAACAGCCCUACUGUGGGCAGUUACAUUCCAAAAUUGAGGUGACCAGACAAAUACCUGGAGCCACAAACAAACUUCAGUAAGUGGCUGGUAUCACAAAUGCUGAUUCUCUGAGGGGGGAUUAUGGCCUUACCUUGUGAAGAAAGUGGGCAAAUCUUGCAGGAAUGAGGACUGCAUAGGAGGAAGAGGAUGUUUAAAUUUUCCUUGUAUUUUUCAACAGCUUUCAAUCAAGAAAUGUAAAUAUCUGACUCUUGUGUACUUUCUUUCAAGCCCAGCCUGUUGAGAUUUGUUUAAUGCCCUGCUAAAAUCAUUCAUUUCUAGCUCAGCUGGAACUUCAGAACUUCUACUUUCCUAAGCUGCUGUAGUUUUCUUAUUUAAAUGACUCACUUAGAAGACAAAUACAAUUUAGGUUUUCCUGUGCUGUAUGAGAGAUCAACUUUUGCAUUGAAAAGCAUAACUGAGAGUCAAUGCAUUAUAAAAGAAAGUUUAAUUUUCUUCCUGAAAAGAUUGAAAAAUAUGAUCUGAAACACACAGAGAAAGGAAAUCUUAACUGCGUACCUGAUGUAUACAAUACAAAAAUUCUUAUUUUAUUUUAGAGGAAGUGUUGGUAUUUUGGCAAUGUUCUACAAUCACAGUCCUAAUGAAUCAGCUCCCUUGUUCACUUCAGAU